AAGAAAAAAGUUGUUGGUCAAGCCGGUCGCAGCCAUGUUUCGGGGGAUGAGCGUUGAGGCACCCAUGAAUUGGUUUUUGCGUUUAAAACCAAACAAUAGAAAUAAAGUGCGGCCGGCACACACUCGCAGCCGCCAAGGAUAUUAUAGUACUAUUUCAAACGCGAUGGCGCUUAGUUUUGAGGUUCUUGGCAGGUUCAACCGUGCACGUGCCGCUCGAUUGACACUCCCUCAUUUUGUGUGCCAAACACCUUUGUUUAUGCCUGUGGGCACACAAGGAACAAUCAAGGGGCUGACAACUAGCCAGCUUGAGGAUAUUGGUUGCCAGAUAAUACUUGGAAAUACAUAUCACUUAGCCCUUCGACCUACUUCUGAGCUUCUUGAUGAAGUUGGUGGUCUUCAUGAUUUUAUGAAUUGGCCACGGGCUCUGCUUACGGACUCUGGUGGCUUUCAAAUGGUUUCGUUGUUGCAUCUUGCUGAUAUCACAGAAAAAGGAGUGACAUUUCAGUCACCAGUAGAUGGAAAACCAAUGCUUCUAACACCUGAGGAAUCAAUUCAAAUCCAAAAUAGAAUUGGAGCAGAUAUUAUUAUGGCUCUUGACGAUGUUGUAAAGACCACCAUUACUGGUCCACGAGUUGAGGAAGCUAUGUAUAGAACACUUAGAUGGAUAGACAGAUGCAUAGAAGCUCACAAGAGACCUCAUGAUCAGAACUUGUUUGGUAUUGUGCAAGGUGGUUUAGAUCCUGUAUUGAGGGAUAUUUGUGUCAAAGGUAUGGUGGAGCGCAAUUUGCCUGGCUAUGCUAUUGGUGGUCUUUCAGGCGGUGAAGAUAAAAAUUCAUUUUGGCGAGUUGUUGCUCAGUGCACUGCUUCUUUGCCAGAGGAUAAACCCCGAUAUGUCAUGGGAGUUGGUUAUCCACUUGAUAUUGUUGUUUGUAGUGCUUUGGGUGCUGACAUGUAUGACUGUGUUUAUCCUACCCGUACAGCACGCUUUGGCACUGCUCUUGUUCCUGAGGGAGUAUUGAAACUAAAACACAGAGUAAUGGCUGAGGACACCCGUCCAAUUGAUCCUACUUGCUCUUGUAUGGUUUGCAAGAACUACACCAGGGCAUACAUCCAUUGCCUUGUAACAAAAGAUGCCAUGGGGUCUCAGCUUUUGUCAUAUCAUAAUUUAUACUACAUGAUGCAGCUCAGUAGGAAUCUACACUCUUCCAUAGUUGAAGGAAGGUUCCCAGAGUUUGUAUGCGACUUUCUACACAAAAUGUUCCCAAAAGGUGAUGUUCCUGAAUGGGUCAGCAAUGCCAUGGAGGUAGCUGGAAUCGACAUCUCUUCCUGCUGUGCUCCAUUUUCAUCAAGCCAAGAACAUGAUUCCAAAAAUAUGUCAGAAGAAUUUAAUUUAAUGAGGUAAAAAUGAUAAGGAUAGACAGGCAUGAAAGUUGCAUUGAAGAGAUACACAGUAAUUUACACUAUGAUUGCUUUGCGGCAUAAAUUUUGUAUCCUGCUUAUGCCGCUUCAGUAAAAGUUUGGAAGGGUUAGUAGUUUCUUUGUCUUAUUUUCUAGAAGAAUGUAAAACAAUAGACAGGUUAGUCUUGAAGGUAGAUUCAGGUAUUGUUUUUGAACCACAAUUGAUGAGAUGUUUUUACCGAUAGU